ACUCAUUAAAAUUAAGUUAAAAACCACUACUUUGAAUUGAAGUUUUUUGCCAUGCCCAUGAAGACCACUAAAAUAUGACGUCGGACAUCGAUUUUCAAGAAACGAGACCGUGUUCUUGUGUGGUUAUCACGAUCCGUAGGGCCAGCAUUCGAGCAGAAAUCGUCCCCAAAAAACAGUUUCCCUGCUGGCUGAGACAAGAAAAACGCGUAGAUUUGCGAGCAGAGCUAUAAAAGGGCGCGCAGACAACGCGCUCUACCCAGUUAAAAAGAGUGCGUUGUGUAGAACAGUCAUAAGCAGUCCGCUAAGAGAUUAGUAGCAACUACGAAGUGAAGGUGUGUGUAUACCAAAUUCUCAAUUUUCUCUUCGAGUCGUCGCAAACAAAAACCCUGUGAGAUCAUCGAAAUGGUGGCGUACUACGACGAGUGCGACGCAGCCGAGAACCCCAAGACCCUAACCGACUGGGUCCGUAACUUCCGCGUUAAGCGCCAGAAAAUGCGUCGCAAGCUAAGAGGCGCUGGCAGCGACCUACGCGUGAACGCCAUUUUGUCGACGGCCCUGCUCCACGCAGAGCACGAGCUGCGUAGAAAGCAGCAGGAGCGCUUCAGUCGCUGGCUGGACAUUCAAACACGGUUUGUGCCCCACGGCAGAACGCACUGCGCCAGUGACGCGUACUCUGCAGUGGCGACCUCGACCACCAAGGCUGCCGCAGAAGCAGAGGCGGAAAGCAAUUUAUGGAGCAGCGAGCUUAGUAGCCUCGACAGUUUUAUGCGUAGCUUAAGCAGCAACAAUGGCAACCAAGACACAUGCAACAACAAUAACAAUGGGAGCAACAGUUACACGGGCGCCAGCAAUAACAAUAACAGCAACAAUGAGCAGCACAGCUGCGCCAUUGCCGUGGCCAGUUAGUUAGACAGAGACGACCGUAUGGUGCGUACUUUAUGUGUAUGCGUGGCUGACACACACAUCUAUAUAAACAAAAUGGCGUCAGGAUGGAAGGAACCGUUUAGUUUUCAGCUGCCCGUUCGAAUCAAACCGUAUACCAUUGUUCAAAUACGUAGCUUUAGCCCUAUUUGUCUUCUGUUAAAAUAGUUUUAUUACGACAACCAAUUUCUCAUUUGCAGUCGCAAACAUGUGCAAGGCUGUUGUAGAUUGUAAAGAAAGAAUGAAGGAUUGGAAGAGUGUGAGGAGACGCUGAGCAAACGGCCUUCAAAUCGAAAGUGGUGUGAGUCAUGGGCGCUGCCACCAUCUAUGCGAAAAGCCCACCAAGCAUUGGUCACGGAGCACACUCGGUUUGUAAAUAAGUAUAUUUUUUUUAGUUAAAUUACGUAGCUUAAUGAGUGUGGCGAAAUAAGACGUCGCUUACAGGCAUCCCAAACGUCACGAAAUCGGUCAGACAAAGAAAAAAAAAACUCGAUAUACUUACACAAUGCAUACACAUUAACACAUCUACAUGUCGCGAUGGUGUGUGAGCAUGAACGCUCGUGCUAUUUUUGUGUACACCAAGUUGAGCUACUUUUGUUGUCCGAUGUGUCGAGAAAUUCGAUUUCGAAUUAAAUUCGAACGUUCGUCAUCGCCACUUCUGCGAGUUACAUACGGUUCAUAUUGAAUCACUAGCGCUAGAAAACGGGCAAUAUUGCAAAGUAAACGAGUGAAAGUCGAAAACCCAACUAUUAACUGUAAAUGUACUUAAAGUAAGCAUACAGAACUGAUAUUUGAUAAAACCUAAAAUAAAACUAUUAUAAUUAAUAACUGUU